CAACACAUGUUUGUGGCUCACCUGUCAGCAUGAGAAAGAAAUUGCGAAGUACUAAUUAAUAAAUACUCCUACUACGUAGAAAAUACCCACAGAAACCUGUCCGUUGGAUGUGAAAUUGCGGUCCAGAUAGCAAUCUCUGCUCUUCUUAUGUUUCUCCCCGAGCAACCGAUGCUAGUCCGUGGAGCCACCGGUGGUUACGGCGGCGGCGAGCUCCGUUCCAAGGCGAUGAUUUCCGCGGCGGCGGCCCAGGGUUACGGCGCGUCUCAUCCUUCCUAAUCUGCACUCUCCGUCCGGCAAUCCCUCCGGAGGCCACUCCGUCCUCCCGAGAUCCGAAGAUACCCUGAUGGACCAACGAAGCAGUAGUGGAUAUACUAGCAGUCAAGAAUUCUCUGUAAAAAGCAAAUGCGGUUCUUCCAAGAGGAUGGCGAGAUCAUUGGUGGCGGUGGAGCUUCACCUUCUGCCCCAUGAUGUGCUGCGUGAUAUACUGUCGCGGUUAUCAAUCAGAGAUGUCGUGAUCUCUCGUGAAUGGAGACAGCUAAGGAUCUGCCACCCAGACCUGGUGCUCACCCUAUACACCUUCUUAGCCAGGACCCAGGAUUUGUUUGUAGUUGUCACUAACCAGGAAACUGAGACUACUGAAUUCAUCACCAAUGUGAACAAUCUAUUGCGCCCACUGUGGUCUACUUCUACUACAACUACGACUACGCUGGACAAGUUUGCUGUCGAAUUUGGGCUUCGCAGAAAGCACCAGUAUCACAUUGAUAGAUGGGUUAACUUCGCCACCGCGUCAAGGGCUAAGCACAUUGCUCUAGAUUUCACAGAAUUCACUUUCUUCGACUCUACGUGUUGCAAGAACAUGUAUAUUUUCCCUCUGUGCAAAUUCAGUGGUCAAAACGGCUCUUGUGUCAAGUCUCUUAAUCUGGGCUACGUAAGUUUAAAACUGCCCCUCAGUUUCUGUGGUCUCACAAACCUUCAGAAACUCACGCUAAAUAUGGUAUCCAUCAGUGGAAGUGAUCUCCAGUGCCUGUUGCUGAGCUGUGCUCUUCUCGAGAGUAUAAGCAUAGAGCGGUGCUCCUCCUCAAGUCUACGCAUACGACAGGAGCUGUACCGGUUGCAGUACCUGCGUGUGCGCCAUUGCAAACUGAAAAUGAUAGAGUUGUGUGCGUAGAGUCUUACCAAAUUUGAGCUUGACGAGGAUCUGACGGAAAUUGUGCUCAUUCAAUGUUUGAAGUUGUCAGAGGCAACAUUCGUGUCAAACAUGAGAGAGCACUCAUUUGACAACUAUGGUUUCAGGUUCACCUUCACCGACCUUCCAACUGCCCUUCCUCAUGUGCAUAAACUAUUCCUACUUUUGAAUGUUGAUCAGGUGCCAAGAUUCACUGAAGCCCAGAGUAGGUUCAGCAACUUGAGGAAUCUGAACAUGAACCUUCUUGAUUACUAUUUUGAUCCAGAGGAUACCAGUUGGGUUUUGGGACUGGUUGAUCUCUUGGAAUUAGCACCUCUCUUAGCAGAAAUGGAACUGCAUGUAAGUGAGCCAAACAUUAAUUAUGGUACUCCCUCCAAUCCAUAUUAAUAGUCACAACUUUAGUACGUAGAGUACAAAGUUGUACUAAAGCUGCGAAAAUUAACAUGGAUCGGAGACAGUAACAUUUUGUGCUAUUAUGUUUGAUCUCGACACUAGAACAUAUAUGUAUAUUGAAAUGAAUGGAUAUAUGCACGCAAAUUAU